CCCAGCGAAAGUUAGCAAAGUCCAGCGAAGCAAGCGAGACACGAUGGACGGCCGGGUGCAGUUGAUAAAGGCCCUACUGGCCUUGCCCAUCCGGCCCGCGGCAAGCCGGUGGAGGAACCCGAUUUCUUUUCCCGAUACGUUUGAUGGCGACACCGACCGGCUCCCGGAGUUCAUCGUGCAGACGGGCGCCUACAUGCUCGCGGAUGAGAACACAUUCUCCACCGACGCCCUGAAGGUGACGUUCCUCAUCACCCGCCUCACGGGGCGGGCCCUGCAGUGGGUGAUCCCCUACGUCAGGAAGGAGAGCCCCCUGCUCAAUGAUUAUCCAGCCUUCCUGGCCGAGAUGAAGCGUUUCUUUGGAUGGGAGGAGGACGACGACUUCUAGACCGGGAGACUCUCGGGCCUGGGGGCGGGUGCUCCGGGGAGUGCCCGCUGUGCCAGUGACCGCCACUGGGGUCGCCACGGGUGCCCUCCCGCCGCUCCUCUCCCCCUCCCCCCGAGGCCGCGGUGUCCCCUGCACUCCUGUCCCCUCCCGCGUAGUGCUUGCCUUUGGUCCAGUUGUUCCUGGUUGCCAAAUUCAGUCCUCAUUUUCUCCUGUGGACCAGUUAGUUUUUGCUUACAACCCAGUUUUCUUCUGAAUUUGCAGUCGUUUCUCUGGUGUGUGCCUUUUGUUCAACACAGUAACCCCUGCACUCUACCUUGCUCUUCUACACUACCUGUACAAAAAUCUUUUCCUUAUUUUCAAUAAAUGGCAGACACUAUUGA